UCCCUCUCUCUCUCUUCCCCUUCCUGUUUGGAAGUGAGACUAUAAAUAUAGUGAAUUGGUGGACUAGUUUAUAUCAUCCUCUUGCACUCCUCUUUCCUUCUCUUUAUCUACUCUUUUCCACACCAUUCCUUAUUAACCCCAUUUUCUUUUUUUACUUUCUUUCAUCAUGGAGGAUGAUAAUGUGAUGGAAGCUGAAGACCAAACUAUUUCUGUGGCAUCUUCUUUUGCUGGUUAUCAAGAAGCUGUUCAGGAUAGAGACCAUAAAUUCUUAAGUAGAGCAGUUGAAGAAGCUUAUAAAGGCGUCGAAUGUGGUGACGGAGGUCCAUUCGGUGCUGUCGUUGUUCGAAAUGAUGAAGUAGUCAUGAGCUGUCACAACAUGGUUUUGAAAAACACUGAUCCCACUGCACACGCCGAAGUUACUGUUAUUAGAGAGGCAUGUAAGAAGCUGAACCGAAUUGAGCUCUCGGAUUGCGAAAUAUAUGCGUCCUGCGAGCCUUGUCCAAUGUGCUUCGGCGCCAUCCAUCUCUCAAGACUCAAGAGGUUGGUUUACGGAGCUGAAGCUGAAGCAGCUAUUGCAAUUGGGUUUGAUGAUUUCAUUGCUGAUGCAUUAAGAGGUACUGGGUUCUAUCAGAAGGCUCACUUGGAGAUCAAGAAAGCCGACGGUAGUGGUGCUGUUAUCGCAGAACAAGUAUUCGAAAAGACCAAGUCGAAAUUUACCAUGUAUUGAUUUUCACGUAAAGCUUGCUUACUGUGUAUUUAUCUAUUGUAUGAUCUCCUUAUGAUAUAGUCCAAUAUAUAGUUGGUUGAUUGUUAGAA